AUGUGGUCAGUUAGUUUUCUUUCACUGAUUGCAGCUGUCUCGGCCUUGCAGACCCUUCCACCAGUUCAAUGGACCAGCUUGGGCUCUGAGCCCGACGGGUUCGACAUUGCCACAAUCGACCGAAAUAUCUAUAUCACGAAUAGUUUCGCGUCGGACAGAGACGAAAAUGGUUUGACACUCAUUCCACCAUCAGCGAUUGAAUUUGCAAACACCUUCCGCCAGGACUUGGAGGAACUAACGGGCGAGUCAUGGAAUCUUCAUCCGGUUGAGGUGCUACCCGAAGGCCAAACAGGCAUUUUUCUAGACCGACUAGAUUGCUCGCAAGGCGCGCUGACGUAUGAAAAUGGCGAUCCCACGGAAGAGGGCUACACGCUUCAGGUCCAAACGGGACGCGUCUCGAUCCGCGGCUCAGGCGCUCGAGGAAUGUGGUGGGGAACGCGAACUUUGUUGCAACAGUUGUUGAUAGCUCAUAGCCAUCCGAUCCCAUCGGGUGAGGUGGUUGAUGCGCCCUCGUAUCCCACGCGAGGUUUCUUACUAGACGCCGGGAGGAAAUGGUACUCGCCAUCGUACCUCAAGGACCUAUGCACGUAUGCGUCGUUUUUCAAGCUGUCGGAAUUUCAGUACCACACCAGUGACAACUACCCCUUGAGUCGUGGCCACAAUGAGACCUGGCAAGAUGUGUACGCACAGUUCUCCUUGCGACCGGAGAGCCCGGAGCUACAGGGACUCGUGCAGAGACCAAACGAGACACUCUCUCGGGCAGAUUUUGAGGACCUUCAGCAGCACUGUGCGCAACGAGGAGUGACGGUUAUCCCAGAAAUCGAAGCGCCUGGCCACAGUUUAUUCAUUACAAAAUGGAAGCCACAACUGGCAUUAGACAGCAAAGACCUGUUGAAUUUAUCCCAUCCUGAGACCAUUCCCCUGGUGAAGUCCAUCUGGACGGAGUUUUUGCCAUGGUUUCAAACAAAGGAGGUCCAUAUCGGUGCUGAUGAGUACGAUUCCACACUAGCAGACGACUACAUUGAUUUUGUCAACGACAUGGCGGAGUUCAUGGACCAAACGGCCGGCAAGACAGUUCGGAUAUGGGGCACAUACGAACCAUCCGACACCCGCAACAUUUCAAAGGAUGUCAUUAUUCAGCAUUGGCAGUACGGACAAUCCGACCCCGUCGAUUUGGCCGAAGAGGGCUACGAAAUUAUUAACUCAGAGGAUUGGUGGGCUUACAUGUCGUUGAAAAAUGACCACAUGCCGAUAUUUCCCGCCCCGUAUCCCGAUUUCUUCAAUAACUCCAGGGUACUCAACUUCGCGGAUAGAGAUGGAUGGCAGUGGACACCGGCUCUCUUCAACCCCGUGAACGUCACCGAGCAGCCUGACCCGAAGCCCGUCAAGGGUGCCAUUCUGGCCGCAUGGAAUGACAAUGGGCCGGAUGCGACGACACAAUUGGAGUCUUAUUAUGCCAUCCGCAAUGGCAUUCCCGUUGUCGCCGCGAGGGCGUGGGCUGGAAAUCGUGGACCUAGUAUCGAUGUAUCCACUUUGUCAGACACCAUGGAACUCUUGACGUCGCAGGCCGUGGCUCAGAACCUAGACAGACAGAUUCCUCGCGAGAAUAAGGAUGCCCAUGAACUGCUCAGUUGGGCAAACUCCGUGGAGAAUGCAAACAGCGACAAAAUCUAUCUAGGAUAUGGCAGCAAAGGGAUGAACUACGAGUUGACUCUUGAUGUUUCCGGUCCAUUCAUCCUGUCGUCGAAUGACUCCACCCUAGUAUUAUCACCAGAUGGCAACCUGGUCUUUGUCUCAGACGGAUGGGAAUAUCCCUUGCGCUCCAUAGAAGAAACAGCCGGGUUCGACGAAAGCUACCCAGGACGAAUUUGGGGAAACGAGACCUCCUCAACGCACGAACCGGUGACAGUUCCAUUGCAGAGCCACAUCACUAUCCAGACCGACAUGAUCGGUGGUAGUCGAGUCUGGGUCAACGAGGGCUUCGUCGGACGAUUUGAGGCACUGGUAUUUGGCGGCAAAAACCGGCUAUUAUCAUGGAGCCAGAUGGCGUUCGUGGCGCCCCUGGAGUGGCUGGAAGGGGGCAUCCAACGCUUGACGAACCUGGUCACCUUCGGCGACAGCUAUACUGACGACACGCGAGCAUCGUACUUCUACGCGCACAACGCAUCCGCACCACCAGUAGGCUGGAAGCAACCCGUGUCCAACUCCUCUGCCUCCGGCGGCUACAACUGGGGCCACUACGUAGCGACAGCCACAAACGCAACGCGCCACAACUACGCCGUCAGCGGCGGCGCCUGCUCGAACAAAAUCACGCCGCGCACCAUGUCCGGGCUGAACAUCUCCUACCCCUCGGUCCUGGAGUAUGAGAUCCCGGCCUUCCUGGCAGACAAACAAUACGUCGACGCGCAGGGGAACCAGUUCCUCGACAUCCCGGCCGAGGACACCGUCUACGCCAUCUGGAUCGGGACGAACGAUCUCGGCAAUUAUGCCUUCCUGACUGAUUCGCAGGUCCGGGGGAGGACCAUCCCGGAUUACGUGGACUGCGUGUAUGAGGCGCUGGAUCGCGUCUAUCAGAGCGGUGCGCGGUACUUUGUGGUGAUGAACUUGGCUCCGUUGCAGUUGACGCCGCAGUAUGCGUUGCCGAGCGAUGGGGGCGUGGAGAGCGUCUCGUGGUGGCCGGAUAAGCCUGCGAAUCAGACCCUGACUAGUUACCGGAUGUGGGAGCAGGUGGUUACUGUGAAUCAGGUUUUGAGGUAUAGGACGCCGUUUGAGGUCGAGGUUGCCGAUAGGUAUCCGGGGGCUGGGGUUGCUGUUAUGGAUAUGUAUGGGUUGUUAUCUGAUAUCUACUAUAACCCGGAUGCAUGGUUCGGAGACGUGGGUGCCAAUGUGACCGGGUUCGUGAAGCAUUGUAAUGCCGAUGGCGAGGAUUGUGUUCGGCUGCCCGAUGAGGAGAACUUCAUGUGGUUUGACGAGCUGCAUCCGUCGCAGACGACGGACAGGUUUAUUGCAGAGGAGUUUGUGAAGGUGGUUAAUGGGGAGAGUGAGUGGGCGACGUAUUGGUGA